ACCACUUCGAAAAGGAUUAUUAAAUAUGUAGGUUUCAACCACGGUUUUGUACGGACCUUAUAAUGAUGACCUCCCAAGUUGAAGAUGUUCGAAGCUCUUCGAAUGGGAAUUCGAAUGGCAACGAAAUUCCGAAAUCGUCAACAACGGCUAAACAGAGAAGAUCGCGAACAAAUUUCACCCUGGAGCAGCUAAACGAAUUGGAGAGACUUUUUGACGAAACUCACUACCCGGACGCUUUCAUGAGAGAGGAACUUAGCCAGCGUUUAGGACUUAGUGAAGCAAGAGUUCAGGUUUGGUUUCAAAAUCGACGAGCCAAAUGUCGAAAGCAUGAAAGUCAAAUACAAAAAGGGAUGAUGCACAGUCCACCGUUGAGUACACCCCUUGAACCGUGCAGAGUUGUACCCUAUGUAAGCGUUCCCGCUUUGAGAGGUUUACCCCUAACAAAUAACAGUUACGAUCGGAUAAAUUCGUCUCAUUUUCCCCAACCUGGGCCCCCUUUUUCAGCUUUUGAUCCAGCUUUCCUAUCUGUGGCACACCAGUACGCAGCAGCGGCAGCUGUCGCCGUGGGGGCAGCACCUACUGCCAGCCUAUUCUGCCACCCUUCGUAUCCUAUAGGAUUCGCAGCGUUGGCGGUGGCGCACAAGAACAACAGCAUAGCAGAUUUAAGGCUCAAAGCCAGGAAGCAUGCGGAGUCACUCGGGCUGACGGUUUCGGAAAAAACUGCUUAA